CUUAAGCACAAUAAUUUCCCCACAUCAUCAUCACACACCAUGCUCGACAUUGCCAAUCAGCCCAAGAUCCAAGGCCAUUCAAGCUCAGACAUCGAUGGUCUCAGUAACACCACACCUGUGGGGGAUAAUCAAGCCAAAAACCUGAAAGGCGAAGAGCCACCCUCUGCGGAAAGUCAAGCAAAAGCGGCGAGUUACACGGUUCUUGAUCGCCAGGAAAAGCCUCGCCCGUACCAUGACCUCUACAAUGGUCUCGAUGCAGCACCUCGAACAUUGGUCGUGUUUAUUCGACACUUCUUCUGUGGGAGCUGCAAAGAAUACGUCCGGUCUCUGUCGGAAGUCAUCACCCCGGAAUUACUUUCCGACUUGAGCACUCCAACAUCCGUGGUGAUCGUUGGCUGCGGCGACCCGGGCUUGAUCGAGGCCUACGCUACAGAGACGGAUUGUCGAUUUCCUAUCUACGCCGAUCCCACUCGGAAGCUCUACGAUGAGUUAGGGUUGCUGUCCUCGUUGGCUAUGAGUGCUCGCCCGGACUAUAUCCGCAAGGGCAUGACUCAAGUUGUGGUGGAGUCGGUGUGGGAAAAGCUGAAACAGAUACCAAGUGGAUUGGCUUUGAAGGGAGGCGACUCGCGACAGAACGGCGGCGAGUUUCUUUACGACCAGGAAAGUGGGAGGGAGGAGAAGCGGGCUAAUUGGUGUCAUCGUAUGUCAAAUACACGCGACCAUACUGAGCUUGCGGUCUUGAUCGAGAUCCUCAAACGAUAA